GGGCAUACUGGCAGAAAAAAAUUCUUACUCAUACGCAAUUAGUAGGACAGGAGGAUUCUUCCGCCGGAAUUGCCAAGGGGUUAAAUGUCGGUGGACUAAAAUCCCUUCCCCUUUAAUUAAAGAUUGCCCCCAGUCUCUGCAUCAUCGUGGUUUGUGCCAUCUGGGGGCUGUUGUGACCAUUGUGGUAGCUAUCUCUCUAUGCACGGGACCGUACUGUGCAUGCAUAGCGCCGGAAAGCUUAUCGCACAUGCUUUAGAGAGCCAGUGUCAACCAGUAUGGUUGCAACAUUAUUCUCUGCAGAGGCAUCUGUUCAUAUUUCGUAACUGUAAAAUAAUAUUUGCAUUUCACUUUCGUUGCUACGGGAUAAGGAGUUUUUUGUUUCCUUGGGCGUCUAUAGCGUAUUAAGCUUAAAUGCGACUUUUACCAGAGAUAUAGUGGAGUGCAUGCCUUCUGUAGCCGGGUGCCAGGGACUGCUGUCUCCACCACCCGCUGAAAUGUCUGCUUGACAUGAUGCUUUUCGUGUUUUCCGCCGGGUUAAGACGACUUUAAAUUUGUAUUCCUGGACGCAUUUAGGUCAGCGCCUUGAAUGAAUUGGGUUACGGCAGUAAAAGAUUGUGUGCGAGGGCAGCUUGUCGAGGCGUGACUCCUGAGCAACAAGGGCAGGACGUAUGAUGCGCCAGGCAUCCGCAUCUCCGAGCGCUUCGCGUGUCCGGGACCACAUACAAUGACCAGUGUGCGGAGACUGGUGCAUCUGGUGCUUUUCUGCCCCUUGUCCAAAGGCGUACAGGGUCGUCUCCCAGUCAAGGUGAAGUACCUGUUCCUGGCCUGGCUGGCCAUCCUGGUGGGCAGCUGGGUCACCUACAUGCACUACUCCACUUACUCCGAGCUCUGCCGUGGACACAUCUGCCACGCCAUCAUCUGUGAUCAUUACAAGAGGGGCAUCAUCUCUGGAUCAUCCUGCAAGCCUCUCUGCGAAAAGCACACUCUGAAACUGCAGCACUGCUUGUCCUCCUCGCCUACUCAUCAGGUGUACAGUGGAGUUUGGAAGGAGAAGUCAGUGGUUAUAAAGUGUGGACUUGAAGAUGGCUCAAGGCGGGAUGGGAGUCCAGACUCCAUGCUUCGACAUGAGAUGGCCCUCUUCAACAAGCCAAGCAGGGGCACCUCCAUGGAUGAGUUUCGGGAAAUGCUGCAAAAUUUCCUCAAGGGAAAUCUUGGGGACCAUUCCUCACUUGGAACCUUGGUGAGUCGUAUCAUGGACCUAGCUGAUGUCAAUGAGGAUGGAAAGGUCUCUCUGGCAGAGGCAAAGUCUGUGUGGGCACUGCUGCAAGUCAAUGAAUUCCUUCUGAUGAUGGCUUUGCAAGAGAAGGAGCACACCCCGAACCUGCUUGGCUUCUGUGGAGAUCUGUAUGUCACAGAACAAGUGGGCCACAGUACCCUGUACACGUUGGAGAUUCCUCAUUACCUGCAGCCACUGGUUCCCACGGUUAUAAGUACUACUAUAAACCACUGGUUAGCUCCAGCCUGGCCCCGGCGAGCUCGAAUUACAAUCGGGCUCCUGGAGUUUGUGGAGGAGAUCUUCCAUGGCUCUUAUGGCAGCUUCUUCAUGUGUAAUGCGAGCCCGCGGCACGUGGGCUAUAAUGGGAAGUAUGAUUGCAAGAUGGCAGACCUGCGUCACGUGGCGUCUGAGGUGGCAGUACGGAGAUUCCUGAAGGGUCGCCACUGCGAGACAAACACAGACUGCACCUAUGGCAAGGACUGCACUGCCACCUGCGACAAGCUGGUCAAGCAGUGCAACACUGAGGUGGUGCAACCUAACCUGGCCAAGGUGUGCAGGCUGCUCCAAGACUACCUGCUGUUCGGUUCUCCUUCAGACUUACGAGUGGACCUGGAAAAGCAGCUACGCACCUGUGUGACACUCAGCGGCCUUGCCAGCCAGAUGGAGGUCCACCAUUCGCUUGUUCUUAACAACCUCAAGACCCUCUUGUGGAAGAAGAUCUCUGAUACCAAAUACUCCUGAGGCUGAAGAAAAUAACUACUGGUGCAAGACGACUUAUGAUGCGGAUAUUUUUGACACCUUCAUAUUAACAGCUUUCCUUCAUUGAGGAAGCAGGGAUUUACCAUUAAGAUAUGGGGCAUUGUUUGACUAUUAAAUUACCAGGGAAUACUUCCACACCAAACUUAUGCUUGAAUUCCACAUAACAUAUGAAUAUGCAACAUACAGGACAUAAACAGAGGAUGAAAAACAACUGUCAGAUCAUUUAAAAGUAUUAUCAUUAUUCAUAGAUGACGUCUGUGUUGUUAGUUGGUACAACUCUUUCUCGGGUCUGUGAAUGACUUGUCUUGAGUUGUAACACAGGAUGUAGUUAGCAAAACAAGGCCACUAGAACCUCAAAAUACCCAAGGGCAAAAAUUAUUUGGUGGAUAGGGUGGUGGUGUGGUCUACUGGAAAUGGUUGGGGGAAAAAAACGAAAACAUUCGUACGUUUAUGCGCCUUUUGUGCACAAUCUAAUUUUGAUAAAAUUAGUUAAAUGCAUUUGAUGACAAGACUUAAGUAACCAGAAGUAUGGGCUAUUGUUUUUAUGCUACUAUAAAUAGUGUUUGCUCAAGGUUUCGUAAUUAUUUGUGUCUUAAGCUUUUUAAAGAACUGCCUAAAAAGAAAGGACUUAAGGUAAAACAUCUCUUUUUAUAGGAACAUUUUUAUUCUCAAUCCCUGUAUUAAUGCAUUGUGUGGAAGGAAAAUUCAUGUUGCCACUUGGGAUAUGAGAAGGUAUCACUGCAACUGUUUAUGUCUUGUGAAAGACUACCUGUUGGUUUUAUUUUUCCAAUAUUUUAUUGUGAAAUGCACAAGAAAAAUAUGUAAUUGAAAUCCAACAAGUCUGCAGUGUUAGUGGAUUUAUUCAGUGCAUUUCAUCGGUGAGAAUGACUCGUUUCCACAUAUAAACAGUAACAGUUUUUAAAUCUAAGCCACAAAUUCAACUUUAAAUCCCAUCUCAAAGGAAGAACACUGCAAACGGUAUAUACUGGUUCACCUAGUUUUAGAAGCAAGUUUUAAAAAUGGUCCAGGAUCUUGAACACCAAAUAAGAAAUAAAUUUCUGAUCCUCUGUGUUCAACUGCACCAUGGUACAAUAGCUGAAGUGUGUUUCAAGCAAGGGGAUCCAAAUCCUGGCUUGGGAUCUUAGGUACAGAUUAACAGGAUCAGGUUUCCAUUCUAGUUUGCAGCUUGAGCAGGAACUGCAAGUCUAGCAAUAAUAAGUGAAUAAAUUCAGUGAAAGCAAAGGGACAAGACAAGUCUACAGGCAGGAUUCUCUGCUCGUCACAUGGACCACUAUUCGCGUGGUACCACUAUAAGCGUUUUAGAAAUUAAUUCAUUAUAACAAAUGUUUUCCUUUAAUAUCACUCCGUAAUUGAGAGGUGGUUUUACACUGUAUAAAUUUGUCGGCAUACUACAGCAGCACUAGUCCUACGCCAGAGCGCCUGGAGAGAAAACACACAUGAUGGAACCACCAUUAAGCGCCACUUAUUCAUGUCUAUUAAACUACCAUUAGGCCUUUUUAAUAUCUUUUGUCCUUGUAGCUACUAAAUACACUCAUUAUUAAAGCCAUAAAGUUGUCUGCCUGUCACUUCAGAAUAUCUAUUGAAUAAUAAUGUUUAGGCUAAAAUCUAGGCUUAUUCUAUGUGGACUGAUGGUGCCAGUGUAUGUUUGUGCGCACUGGGCUUGUUGGGACCAGUGUUACCAUCGUAAACUAAAGCCGGAAGGAAAAUGGACACUACAUAAGAAAAUGU